AUGGGCUCGACUCUCGACAGUAUAUGUAAUACAUGGAAUGAUGACUCCAUGGCUGGCCCACGCUCGCCCGCCAGAUGGCAACGCAAGCGAAAGUCCCGAGGGCGCGGGUUGCGGACUAAGGACGGAUGCCUGACGUGUCGGAAGCGGCACAUGAAAUGUGAUGAAGUUAAGCCGACAUGUGGCCCGUGUGCCAAAAAGGAAAAGAUAUGUGACUACGCCAACUUGAGCCAACACAACGUCGACUCUGCAGCCACCAACAAGGCCGGUCCGAGGGAUCUUCCUAUUUCAUCAAACACGCAGCAAACAUCGCCUCCAGCGGGGGACAUUGACCAUAUCUCAAGUGAUUACAACGAAGGUCCAGUGCACUACCAACCGCAUGGAGCCUCUGAUCAUGCUGGGACUGCUUCGGAAGCGGACCCUGAUCCCCAUCCACCAGACCUGCUGGAAUAUCAACUGGAGAACGAGCAGAUUCUGAGCCAGAGUCCGGAAGGUGUGCAUGGCGAUUACUUGUCACCAUCCACCGCAUCAUUAGCGGCAGUACGAUGGUUAGGGCUACUAGCAAGUGGCUUUCCCAGCGAUGGCCCACAGCUAUCGACUCUCUCUGAUACCUGGGAGACCCAACCCCUCACGCUUGGAUACCAGAGUGGUGAUGGUCCACCACAGCCCAGCUCGCUACAGCGAGCGACUCAGGUGUUAGAUGGCCCUGCUGGCAGGACCGCCAGUCAAGAUGUGACUGCCACCCAGGACGUGACGGAUGGCCCCUUCACUGAGCGCAGCGCGUUGGUGGAUGGACAGCUUUGGCAGUCACGGGAACCAAUAGAGCUUUCACCGGCGGAGCAAACGUUGUUUGAGCAUUUUAUACAUCACGUUAGCCCCUGGUUGCACAAUGCUGGGCUUCUGAAUGCCAUACUAGCUCUUGCCUUUCGGCACCUGGCCUUAAACCCUAGUCUAGAUGAUCAAGACAUCACAAGCAAGCCGGAAGGAGCCCUCCAAUACUACUACCAAACCCUCCAUUACGUGGGAAGGGCUAUGCAGUCUAGUGCCUACAAGAUGAGCCAGGAGCUGCUUUCAACUGCCUUGAUAAUUUCCGCCUAUGAAAUGCUCGACAACUCUACUGAUGACUGGGAGCGUCACCUAGAAGGAGUCUUCCUAAUCCAAAGAUCUCAAACGAUACACGGAGAAACUGGAGGGCUAAGCUCAGCCGUCUGGUGGGCAUGGCUGUGCCAGGACAUAUGGGCUGCUUUCCGCGAGAAACGCAAGACUCUUACGUUUUGGGUUCCACAAAAGCCUCUCUCUGCGUUAUUACCGCACGAGCUCGCUACGCGCUCUAUCUAUAUCACCGCAAAGGUGGUCAGUUACUGUGCCACUGUGACAACCCAAGAAAACAUCCAAUAUCAAAUUAAUGAAGCAAUGCGACUUCGGAUUAUGUUAGAAGACUGGCAACGGCAUCUGACCGUUGAGUUCUCCCCAUUGCCGGUUAGGUCACGCGAGGCCUCAUGCUUUCAGCCCAUAUGGAUUAGUCCACCAGCUUUUGGUAUGUAUUCUCAUGGAAACCUUGUUAUGGCCGGUGGAAACAAACUAAUUUAG